AUGGUUACACUUGAGGAUCUCCAAGCUGAGAACCAGCGUCUACGCAGCGAGUUGAAAGACCGAGACCACACAAUCACAAGGCUUACGGAAGACAACCAGCGCAAAUACACGAGAAUCGGAGAGCUUAUGGCUUCGCUCCACGCAGAACAAACUCAAUUCGUCGAGACGCACCACCGAGAAACGACCAACCUCAUCACAUCGCACCACCGCGAGAAAAUGAUGCUGAUCAACAAUCUAGAGGAACAGCUCAACCGUCUAGUGAAUCUGCACGAAGAACUUGUUAGUCAGAUACAGAAUCGGUGA